AUGAUUAUCUCCCUUGUUCCCUUCUACUUGGGAAACCGACUCGUCUGGACUUUCGAUCCCUCGAGAAACUCGACAAUACUCCACAUCUCCUACUCCGGGGACAGACAACUGCUGGAGGCGAUUCUCUUCCUGCUUAGUGGAGUUACCUUAUCCUGCUUCUCCUUUGUACUCGUCAUCUGCUGUACAAUCGUCCUCGUCGUUAAGCUCAACAGUAAAAAAAAAUGGCGCCGGACCACGGCUGUGAGGGGCGCUAACUCUACCACAACGGGAGGAGUUGGGACUCAAGACGAAAAGGUCGUGAAAAUGGUGACCUUUAUCGCAGCUAUCUAUAUCGUUUGCUUCGUGCCGCCGACCUUCCUUCUCUUCUUCACGGUUAUAAAUCCGGACUUCCGGUUUGAUGGGAAAUAUGGCGGCAUCUACCGACUCCUCUGGUCUGUUCAGUUGUCACUGGAAGCUCUCAACUCUAGCGUGAAUUUGUUCGUCUAUCUGAGGAUGAGUUCCAAGUUCCAGCAAGUGUUUGCCAGCACGUUUCUCAACAAGGAGGUCAAGUAA